AUGCCAAUGGAAAAUGAAGAUAUUCAUCACUCUCCCUCCGAGCCUGAAGUGGAGGAGAUUCAUGAUUCUCCCAGAGCAUGUGUAGCUAAUGAACAUGAUUAUCAGAAAACAAAUGAUUCAAAGUCUUCUCGAGGUGAUGAUGACGAUGAUAAUUAUGAUGGCGUACAGUUUUUGAAUGAAUUCGACUUUACUGGAAUUAACGAUGACAUUCCAACCAACAUAGAGUUUGAUCUCAAUGAUGAAGACUUUGAUCCUUUUCUCAGUAUCACCAGCAGCAGUGCAAAUAAAGUCAAUGAAGUUGUUUCUCUAGCAACCAAGACUAGAGCUGAAGAAGAUUCUCUCAAAAUUCUAUUCUCCACCUCAAAGCCCUUGGAGGUCACAACAAGCCAAGGGGAUGUGACAUCAGAGAUUCCUCCCUCUGUGUCAUUUGUCUCAACAUCAGCUCCAAUCAUUUCCGACUUAUCUGAACCUCAGACUUCUCAUACUUCCUUAAGAACAAGCCAAUCUCUUGAAAGUCUGGAUAUUCUCGCUGUAAAAAAUGCUCCUCAAGUUACCUCAACAAUCACUGCAACCUUUGCUCACUCUCCUCCAAAGCAGUCUAAUGAAGGUCCAAGCACAAUGUUCAAGACUGGUGGAUCCUCUUAUGUUCCAGAUUAUUCUCCAACUCGACCUUCUCUAGAUGAAGCUUCUAUCAGACUAGAAGUUGGAGUUCUCCGCCAACAGCUCAUUGAAAAAUCAAUUCAAAUGGAUCAACUUUCUGCAUAUGUCUUGGAGCUCAGGGCAAAGGAUGAAGAAAAGACCAAACAAAUCAAAGAUUUACAAACAAAUCUUGGAUCCGUUCUAGCCAGUUAUCUUAAUCUCAAAAACGUAUUGUAUGAUGCUUUUGGUGAAAAAGUUAAAGCUCUCUUGCAACAGCCUCAUGGAGUAGAUGAUCCUCCUUCAGCUCAAUCACCUCAUGCAACUGAUGAUCUUCAUGUUGACCCACCUGCUCCAAGAUCAACUAUCAUUGUAGACAGAUUUGAAAAAGAACCACAAGGAAGCAGAGCUAGAAUCACAAUUAAACAGGGCAAAAGAGUUGUGACUGCAAACCAAUGCGAGGGACUUAUGUUUAUGAAAAAUUCAAAUGAAAAUCGCAAAGCAAAAGAACCUGCCCUGACUGUAACAGAUUUGAAAAAGAGAAAUUUUGGCAAUAAGUAUGGUGACAGAUCUGGUAACCGUAUGUGGGCUUUCGAUCCAGAAAUGAAUUUGUGGGUGGUGAAGCGAAAUUCAGGAAUUUCUGAAUGUUACAAAAGCACCCAUGAUUUCAAUUCUUGGACUAAGACGGAUCUAGCAGAAUUAUCUAGAGUUCCCUUUCACAAUCCCUCGCAAGAUCCAAGUGCUUAA